CGCUCUAGCGCCCGCGCGCCGAGUUAGAUCCCCAUCGAGAGGAAGUCGCGUACUUCUGCGUCCCAGGCGGGUCACGGCGAAAUACGCGUUGCGCUCGGAGAUCGCGAGGAGUUUUGCGCUUCUCUCCCUGUUGUCCCUCGUUACGUGCACGCCCGCGUGACGAUCGCGAGCGAUGGGGAAGACGAGGACGGGCAAGGCUGCCAUCACGUGCACGGUGGUAGCGUUCGUUCUGGUGGUGAUCGCGUUCACCACACCCAACUGGUUGGAGACCGACGGGAAACUCGAUAAUCCGCAAUUCGUCAAAAUCGGUCUCUGGCAGGUGUGUUUCCAAGGAUUCCAGGAUCCGCGUCAUCUCUACGACACCAGGUUCUACGGCUGCUGGUGGGUGUUCGAGGAGGAGUAUUACAUCAUACACGACAUACUUCUGCCGGAUUUCUUCGUCGCCACGCAGUUCUUCUUCACGCUCUGCCUGACCCUGUUGCUGAUAGGCAGUUUCCUCACCAUCUUGUACACCUGCUGCUCGCGCCAUCACGACAAGUAUCAGCUGCUCCUGUGGACGACUGGCGGCAAUUUAACCUUGGCGGGAGUGUGCGGCGUGAUAGCGGUCAUCAUAUUCGGCGCGAGGGGCGACGGGCGGGAUUGGAUGCCCAAUUGGGAGCACAACGACAUCAGUUGGUCCUUCGCCUUGGCCGUCGUGGGUAGCAUCGCUCUGAUAGCCGCCGGUAUACUCUUCCUGAUCGAAGGUCGCAGGCACAGGAAGAAGCAGCAGCAAAUAUUGGACGAGGAGCAGAAAACGCACACGACCAUUUAGCACAUUUUUACAUCGUAAUCCAACGCGGACACUCGCAUCGAAAUGAUCGCGAAAGCGAAGGGAAAUUUUAUCUAUUUUAUCAACGCGCAUCGGACAAAUUCUUUCAAGACUAAUAAUUUUAUAUCGUUACACAUCUACUCGUCGUAACAUUACAUAAGAUCUGCCGGUAUAUAUCUAAGGUACACGCAUGUAUACAUAUGUAUACAUGCGUAAAAUGCCAGACAUAUAUGUGGAUAUAUUAUCUAAGGUAUAUAUGCAUUUUAAUUAGUUUAAGAUACACCGAGCCAUUUUACGAUUAUCCUUUUGCGCCGACAAAAGUCUAAGUUAUAAAAUAACUUCUAUGAAAAAAAAGAGAUGCACUACUAGAGUCUACUAUAACGUAAGUGCUGUUAAAUGUGUCAGCGUGACGCACAUAUCGGAAACGAUCCGUCCAUUUUUCCGUAUUGUUUUUGAAAAUGUUCGUAGGGACUAAUUUUAUAUACAUGUACAUAAGUUCUCUAGGUAUAUUGUUGAUGUUACGCGAGAGACGAAUCUCCCACUUGUACCGUAAUACAUGCGGCAUAAUAAAAUAAUUUUUCCUAAUA